AUGGAGGAGGUGGAGGCUGAGGCGGCGCCCAAGGCGGCGGCGGGGCCGGAGCUAGGAGAAGACAUUUCUGGAAGAAGAUAUAUGCGGGGCUUCUAUAACGAUGUUGCUCGGCUGCAGGAUGUGCGUAAAAGGUUCCCUCAUUGCAGCUCAGAUAUGGAACCGGGGCAGUGCUUCUUCCCACAAGAAGUUGCGAAAAGCAUCACCACACCGAUGUUUAUACUCAAUCCAGCAUAUGAUGUUUGGCAGGUAGAGCAUGUGUUGUCUCCAGAAGGUUCUGACCCUCAAAAUCUAUGGCAAAAUUGCAGGACAGACAUUACCAAGUGUAGCUCAAAACAGCUUGACGUUCUUCAAGGUUUUAGGAAAGCGCUGCUUGAUGCUAUAAAUGAAUUCAAGAAGAGAAGAGACUGGGGUAUGUUCAUUGACUCCUGCUUUAUACACUGUCAGUCAAUGAAUGCUUUGGCUUGGCAUUCACCAUCAGCUGCUAGAAUCAACAACAAGACGGCCGCCGAAGCUGUGGGAGAUUGGUUCUUUGAUCGGAGGGAGGGCCUUCAGCCCUCCGAGUUCGAGGACUCCGUCGCCCAGAUGAGCUGCGUGCCAAUCCCCUCCUUCUCUCCUCCCACUGUUGUGUUUCCUUUCCUUCGGACUGGUGCUCUGUGUGGUUGCCCAUGUGUCGGGGCUUUCUUCGACCUGGAGAACGGCAACCAGGAGCUCAAGAGCGACCUCAAGGACCUGUACAUCAACAAUGCUAUGAAGGCUGUUGUGAUCCACGUCCCGUACCGCCUGCGCAAGGCCUUCAGGAAGAUCCACGUCAGUGCUUGCUCUUGA